GGUCGUCCGGGGUUAGGUGCUGGGGGGGUGUCGGUCCGUUCAGGGCGAGGGAUGACUCACGGCCCAUCCCCUCUUCCCGACGCCGCCCGCCCGCGCAGAGCCUAGCUCCAUGGCUUAGCACAGGAGGAGGCGGUUGCGAGUGGGGGAAGGGGGACUCUUAUUUUGUUAGGGGGACCGGGCCGAGGCCCGACUGGCCUGGCAGGGCUCGCCCGAGGCCGGGCGUCAUGUCUCAUGAAGCCGAGCCAGCUCGGGACGGCGUAGAGCCCAGCGCAGAGGGCCCUCGAGCAGUGUUCGUGCUUUUGGAGGAACACAGGUCGGCGGACUCGGCCCAGCUGCUCAGCCUGAACUCUCUGCUUCCGGAAUCUGGGAUUGUUGCUGACAUUGAAUUAGAAAACAUCCUUGAUCCAGACAGUUUCUACGAGCUCAAAAGCCAACCCCUACCCCUACGGGGCUCCAGGACCCCUGCCAUGACGUCAUCAUCUUCAUCGAGGGUCUUGCUGCGGCAGCAGCUCAUGCGGGCUCAGGCACAAGAGCAGGAGAGGCGUGAGCGUCGGGAACAAGCCGCAGCCACUCCCUUCCCCAGCCCUGCACCUGCCUCUCCAGCCAUCUCUGUGGUUGGCGUCUCUGCUGGGGGCCACACAUUGAGCCGUCCACCACCUGCUCAGGUGCCAAGGGAGGUACUCAAGAUCAUCAGUCUGGAGUCCAGUUACAAUGAUGAGAUGCUCAGCUAUCUGCCUGGAGGCACCACAGGGCUGCAGCUCCCCAGCACGCUGCCUGUGUCAGGGAACCUGCUUGAUGUGUACAGUAGUCAGGGUGUGGCCACAUCAGCCAUCACUGUCAGCAACUCCUGCCCAGCCGAGCUGCCCAACAUCAAACGGGAAAUCUCUGAAACCGAGGCAAAAGCCCUUUUGAAGGAGCGGCAGAAGAAAGACAAUCACAACCUGAUUGAGCGUCGCAGGCGAUUCAACAUAAACGAUAGGAUCAAGGAGCUUGGCACCCUCAUCCCCAAGUCCAAUGACCCGGAGAUGCGCUGGAACAAGGGCACCAUCCUGAAGGCCUCUGUGGAUUAUAUCCGAAAGUUGCAGAAGGAGCAGUAGCGCUCCAAGGAUCUGGGGAGCCGGCAGAGAUCUCUGGAGCAAGCCAACCGAAGCCUGCAGCUCCGGAUUCAGGAGCUAGAACUGCAGGCCCAGAUCCACGGUCUGCCAGUGCCUCCCGCCCCAGGGCUACUCUCCAUGGCCACAAGCUCGGCCUCCGACAGUGGAUGA